AUGAUAUCCAAACUAACACGUCACAGAACAGGUGCUUGUGGUCGAUGCAAAAGCCUGAAGGUCCGAUGUGAAUUCAGGGGCGAUAAUGACACCUGCAAAAGGUGCACAAGUGCCGGUCAGGAAUGUGUCAUUCCAGGACGCAAACCACGCCGAACCCCACCGAAACGAGAGCAUCUUUUGAACCAGAUUCGUGAACAAGCUGCUCAAAUUCAGGAGCUUAUGGCUCAGCUCGAUGUUACCAACCGACAAGUUGCACCAGCCUCAGUUAGCAGUUCUUCGACCACUACGGUACCAAUGUCCCCAUCGUCCUCCAUCGAUCUUCAUUCUCCUACCCUCGAUCCUAACACCCCGGCAGAUUCCGCUCCACCCAAACCGGAAGUGCAGGAUUGGCUUGCAAAAGCCCGUGCUUCAAUUGACACCUUUGGUGGCUUAAUUGCCCUUGGCGGUACAACGAAUUCCAUGCUCCUUGAUGAGGACUCUGGGAAGUCUGAUAGUGACGAGGAAGUGCACGGCUUUGAUUUCGAAGACGACGACACAGAUGACGAAGGUAAUGGAUAUGCCACUGCAGAGGAAGGCGGACGCAGCCGUCGCUCACAGUCAAGGGAAAGGCACUCGCCGACUGCGUUAGCCAAAAAGGAGCUUGCUGAUAUGAAGUUGGGCAUGCUCCCCCACGCAGAUAGUCCAUUUGGUUUGAUGGCCCACAUGGCCAACCGUGCUAGAGGAAAGAGCGCAGAACCAGAACCUCAGGACGCUGUUGGUGUAGCGAACGCUGACUUUUUCAGACCAUCUCCUGCUCCCGACCCUGUCCAGUCCAAUCCUUCAAUUAGUAGCCAGCAUCUUCCUCACAUUCUCACUCGUGAGAUUGUUACUCUACAAGACGUCGAGAAUCUGUUCAAACUAUACUUUGAUAAAAUGAACCCGUCAACAUCAUUGAUGGACCCCGUUCUUCAUACUCCACAGUACGUGGUUAUGAGAAGCCCUUUCCUCUUCACAGUCGUGUGUGCUGUCGCUUCCCGGUUCUACACUCAACGUCCAGGUCUAUACGCGGAAGUAAUGCGCUACGCACAGCUCGCGGCGGGCACUGCGCUUAUCACCGGACCCAAGAAUGAGGAAAUGUGUCUUGCUUACCUACUACUACAGCUUUAUCCUGUUCCCUCACGACGCUGGGAAGAGGAUCGCAGCUGGGUGUACCUUGGUGUCGCAAUUCGACUGGCCCAGGACCUCAACCUGAAUAGGCCUACAGCCACAACGCCCCUGAAUGAGCACCACGCUCGUGUACUCCUCAAUCGCACGCGUGUCUGGAUCAACUGCUUCAACUUGGAUCGGUCAACAGGGUCUCAGUACGGCAAAGCGCCCAUUAUUCCUAAUACUGACUAUAUUGCAAAUCAUUUGCACGAUUGGUGGGGCUCCUCCAAGUAUAAUGUCGAGGACUUCGACAUUCACAUUUGUAUAUACUCCAUGGAGCUCAAUAUUGGCGCAAAAUUCAUGGAGAAGAUUCGCAGCGAUCCAAACCACCCUACCGGACUCAACAAGUCUACCAAUUUCACUCAGAUUGCUACUGAAACCGAUGACGAACUGGCUAGCGUCGGCGCACAUUGGUUUCAUCAACUAGAUAGCAUCGAACCGAAGAGCGCCAUGUUUAUUUUCCGCACUGGUCUUUUGAAAAUGGUUUUCAGCUAUGCCCGUUUAGUCGUCCUUUCUUCUGGCUUGCAGCAUGCCAAAGAAGACCACUUGGAUGAAAAUUCAUUUUUGAUGAGGUGUUUUACGAGGGCAUCCGACGUCAUCCAUGCUUUUGUUCACAGAUUGUACACUACCAAAGAAGAUAAUCUUCUACGCCACGCACCCGAAUCCCAAUAUGUAUUUGUAACUUUUGCUGGCGCCUUCCUCGUUAAACUUUUGCAACUCAAGUACGCGCAGUACUUUACGUAUGAGAAACGGGUCGAAAUUCGGGACCUCGUGCAAAAAACAAUUGAUCUUCUCGGGGCGGCGGACGUGGCUCUUGAUGAGAAGCACGGACCUUCCAUAUACUCUCGUUUCCUGGCCGGCCUACUUGCUAGUCCUGCGGUCAGGGUCGACCUGACACCAACCUUGACUAGCCCCGGUAGCCACAAACGAGCGCGCAAGUCGAAGAUCACACCUACCAAGACUCAUGGCGGUCUAGUCGCAGAUAUCUCUACAUCUGCUGACUAUUCAUCUCCAUCCUCUGCCAACUCUGGUUCUCCUUCUCCUUCAUACACGUACACAGGUGCGGAAAGCUUUUCGGGAGCCCAGCUGCAAAACAACACGACAUCAUCUGAAAUGUUCCAUGACCCGUUACCGAUCACUUUGGACGCCGAUCUUUUAGAGUCGGCACAGAUCAUGACUGAUCCUUUGUGGCAUAAUACCCUAGUCCCUGGUACGCCUGACACUAUCACUAUCGAAGUUCGUUUUUGCUAA